AUUCAUACUCACAAGAAAGCAUGAAGUUCUCACAGAAACCGCCCUAGUAAAAGUCCUCCUAUAAUGAGAGGUCAAAAACUGAGGUGGAAAGUAUUUAUGUACCGGGGGAGAAAAAAGGCCUUCUUCUACUGGGACACCACUGGUAAAAAAAAACUCGCCCAGCAGAGCCGGCGCAACUGCAAGUGUACUGGAAGACUGAGCAGCGAGCAGUGAAAGCUCAUGGUGGAAACCAAGCAAAGCUCUUCCAUUUUGCAACAACCAGCGCAACCCAAGACAAGACAAGACAAAGAUUCUGUCCAUCUCUACAUAGCCCGCCCCCCUUCAGCGGGAACCUGAUAUAAACCCUUCACUCUUGACCGUCUCCUUCCAUCCUCCCUCCCUCACCCCGUCUCUGUUCCCUCCCAGUUCCGAAUUUAUUUCCUUCAUCCAUCCAUCCUCAUCCUAAAAAACCUUUACCCUCAACCAACCCAACCCAGAAAUGGCUCGAACUAAGCAAACUGCCCGUAAAUCCACCGGAGGUAAAGCUCCACGUAAGCAAUUGGCUGCCAAGGCCGCCCGUAAAUCGGCACCGGCCACCGGCGGUGUCAAGAAGCCUCACCGAUACAAACCCGGUACCGUCGCUCUUCGUGAGAUUCGAAGAUACCAGAAGUCGACCGAGCUCCUCAUUCGAAAGCUCCCAUUCCAACGUCUCGUCCGAGAAAUCGCCCAGGACUUCAAAACCGAUCUCCGGUUCCAGUCUUCCGCUAUCGGGGCGUUGCAAGAGUCAGCUGAGGCCUACCUUGUGUCUUUGUUCGAAGAUACCAACUUGGCCGCCAUUCACGCCAAGCGUGUGACGAUCCAGCCCAAGGAUAUCCAACUUGCUCGUCGCCUUCGCGGUGAACGAUCAUAAAUUAUCGUUGAUAAGCUCUUCCGUUAUUGCUUUUUGACUUGUGAAGAUUUCAAUAACGGUUUUAUCAAUUUCAAAUUUUGUUCGUUUGUUUGGCCAACCAACCGUCGAGAUCUCAUGCGUAAUUACUGCAUCCACCGUCCUACCUUCCUCCCUGCUGUUUCUUGUGUUCCAUACUAGGCGUGCUAUCGUUGUAUCAUCAAUCUGUCUGCCUCUUUGUUUGUGCAGCAGACCUUCAUCAAAAAUUGCCUCCGACGUAAAACUAUUGGACCUGUUUAAGAUGUUGUGUCUGUCUUGCACUCCAGCAGUCCGUCAAUGCUGGUUCCUCCCUGGCUGUAUGUUCAGUUGAAAGCUGCUUAGGGUACCUCCUUGAAAGGCAUUCUUUCAAUGACAAUAAGAACACGAGUUACCUGAGAUAA